AUGCUGCGGUGAACAGAUGACUAGCGAAAUCUUCCGUACGGACGGUACUGGAAUCGUAGUAAAGUGUCAGAAGAAUCGCAUUCGCAGUUCGGGAGUGCUUAAAGCUUGUUCCGCUCGUGGUGCCAGUGUUGAUGUUGGAAAUUUCUUAAAGCGGAUAUAGCCAUCCAUCGGAAACAGGAAGCCAGAGUGAGUGAGUGAGUGAGCAACAGUUUGUCGGUGAAGUAGGAUAACGGCUUUCGGUUACGACUGUGGCUCGGCGCGUUUCCUGCUGUUGGUUCCGGGUGUUAUUCGUAACCACAUUGCAGAAAAAAUUUUCCUGUACUUUUUCCACAUGUACGGCACCCGCGUUGUUGGAUCCGAUCGCGAGUGCCUGAAUGAUAGUUCCGAAGCAGUGAACAAGUGAAUAUCGUCGCUGCGUUGCGGGAAUCCUACUGCCGGAAGUCGAGUGAGAGAGAGAGAGAGAACUGGCACAGGAAUCCCGAACGCCGUUAGGUUCGAUGCUUUGAAAACGCAUAUCGGCUUGCUGUGUGUUUGUUUGGUUGUUUGGUUGAAAACGAAAUAACUGUCAAUUUCGGUGAUUGGGUAAUUGAAUUUACUGUUCGCUAUUGAGGUUCAAAAAUCAUUGUGCCAUUUUUGUGUUCCACGGUGGUCUUUGUUCUGUACGAUUCCUGUGUCAAUGGUGUCGACGUCAUUUCGUCGGAUAAUUGAAACUAUCAAAAUUGAAAUGUGUAUUUUAAUUAGAUAUAUAUCACCGACAGCCCUGUGGUGAACAGUGAAUAUUACAGAAAUCCGGUCAACCAAAUCAACCGACAGGAGUACGGAAUUUAACGAAUAAAUUGAUCCCAACCAAUCUGUGUGCUGUUCUAGUGUAUGUGUUCCAUCGAAUAAUUCCAACGUAUCAUUUUUCCAAUGGUUUUUAUCUCCCCGGUGAAGUUUUCAGUAGGUUGUCUAAUAGCUUCAGUGCUCGAAUAGCGAAUGAUGCACCCAAGAUAGACCCCUUGCUCCACUGUGAAUAAACCAUCAUAGGAUCUUCAAGAUUCAAUUUAGCAGUGACAUCCAUUUAGUAGUUGGUACACACUCACACACGAGCUUCGUUCGGACGGUUCGGGUGAACGGUAGGAAUAAAGGAUUACCUCCGUAAUACUAUGUUAGGAUAAGUAAUAUUUUACAACAAAUUGCACAACCAACUGCACAAGUGAACGCUUUAUGGCGUAGAACAGUUCACCGCCCGUUCCGGCAUUCGGCAACACCCGGAAGAAAAUGUUCUGCUCCCGGCAGUUUCAUCGGCACGGGCACCGGAAACGAUGAACGGCAUCGAUAUCGCCAAUGUCGCAAACAUCAGCAAGUACAUCGUAUCCACAGUGGUUUCAACCUCCGUCAGCACCAAAACCACCAGUGGCAGCGGCAAUGGUUCUGGCACCGGCGACGAUUUCGCCUGGUUCGCCAAAGACGACGGCCGACCGGCGGAGCUAAUGGAACCGUGGGCUUACGUGGCAGCCGCAGUGACUCUGUUUUUCAUUGGGUUUUUCGGGUUCUUUCUGAAUCUGUUCGUGAUCGCACUGAUGUGCAAGGAUGUUCAGCUCUGGACCCCAAUGAAUAUCAUCCUGUUCAAUGUGGUCUGUUCGGAUUUUUCCGUUUCGAUCAUCGGCAACCCGUUCACGCUGUCGUCGGCCAUUUCGCACCACUGGUUGUUCGGUAGGAGGAUUUGCGCUGCCUAUGGAUUCUUCAUGUCCCUACUGGGAAUUACCUCCAUCACGACGCUGACGGUGCUGUCGUACGAGCGCUACUGUCUGAUCAGUUUGCCUUUUUCCACGCGGAACCUGUCCCGCCGGGGUGCCAUGUUUGCCGUGUUCUUCAUAUGGUGCUACUCGUUUGCCUUAACCUCGCCACCCCUGUUCGGAUGGGGUGCCUACGUCAACGAGGCAGCUAACAUCAGCUGUUCCGUGAAUUGGGAAUCACAGACAACAAAUGCCACAACAUACAUUAUAUUUCUGUUCGUCUUCGGUUUGGUCGUUCCGUUGGCGGUAAUCAUCUACAGCUACACCAACAUCAUUAUCGUGAUGCGACGGAACUCUGCCCGUGUCGGCCGUAUCAACCGGGCCGAGGCACGCGUUACGUGGAUGGUGGCAGUGAUGGUGAUUGCCUUCAUGAUAGCCUGGACGCCUUACGCCGUGUUUGCACUAAUCGAACAGUUUGGCCCUCCGGAUGUCAUCAGUCCGGCGCUGGGUGUGCUGCCGGCGCUGAUCGCCAAAUCCAGCAUCUGCUACAAUCCGAUCAUCUACGUCGGUAUGAACACCCAGUACCGGGCAGCCUUCAGUCGGGUACGGAACAACGAAUCCAUACACAAUAACACCACCGUGAACCAACCAACGAAGAUUACCAAAAGCAGCAACGAUCUUGUCGAGUGUAGUGUUGAUUUUUGUCACAGGAAACCGAGACUGAAAACAAAUCACGCUGGCGGCGGCCAUCACAACAACAACAACUUCCGACAUUCGGAAGGGAACAAUCCGCGGCCGGACAAAGCCGGCUGCGUGCGGAACGCACUGAAUGCAAUUGACGAGUCGCGAUCGGCUGACUGCGCCCGUCAGUUGAUGCGGUCGGACUAUGAACUAUCUGUGAUCAGAAGUAGCAAAUCGAUUUUAAUCCAAUCAAACACCUUCCGGACUCAUCUGGUGUAGCUGUAGAAUAAAUAGGAUGCAACGAUGGAACGGGAAUUGAUAGGCACAAGUAAACUAAGAAAUAACUGACAUACAUAUUCAGUUGAUACGAAAGUAAACAUAUUGAAUUGAACACUUAAAACUAUUUUAGAACAUGCUCAGUCAUACAGAAAAAAUAUAUUUUUUGAGAUUUUUUUGCACAUACGAAACAGACAUAUCAUCGAUAGAAAAUCGGAAAACGAUCAAAUAUUUUGAAACAAUGGUUAAUCCUCACAUUCCCCACCAGUUUUUGAACAUUCAAGACCAAACGUUUCAGUUUGCAUGCUGAUUCAAAUCAGGGAUGCUACACGGAGAACCCGCAGAUCACAAAAUUACAAUAUUGCAAUUGUUGUUUCACGCCCUGGUUGUUUCAACUAAAAUGUUGUUGUUUUAACUAGCAUAUCUGUUGAUUUUGUCAUGGUUAUGACAGGUAACCGAAAUUGUUGUAUUCAAAUGCUGUCACUUGGCGGAGAACGAAGACAGCAAAACGCAGAACAAAAAACCUCUUCAUUUCACCAGAAGCGUUUCAUAUUGAAAAUUUUCAAUGGUAAAUGAACGUCAUUUAUGUUAGUUACGUAGUGGUCGUUUUAUGUAAGUGAAAGUAUGCAGAAGAAUAUAUCAGUUAAUUAUAAAACAAGUUUUCCAUGUGUUAAAUAGAUAUUCCUACAGUAUUUUUUUUAGGAUUUUAUUUCAUCUGAGAGUAAUGUAUUCUAGGACAGUUCAUGUCAAUGUUAUUAAAACCGCUUAACGUUUUAAAAUUUGCUGCUAAAGUGAAGUGGUACUAUUUGUAUUUUCUUGAAAGUGUAUCUGUAGCAUUAGGUUUACCAGCGAGCCAUUCUGCAAGUGAUGGAAAAAUUUCCUAAUUCCCUGUGACCAUUUUUUCUGGUGAGUUCCCUUUUUAGAAUUGUAAUCUUUUGGUUCAUUUCCAUAUCCUUUGUGAGUUUAGUGAUAAAGAUAUAAGCAGUUAAUUAGGUAAAAUUUCGUUGUUCAAGCAGUGAACGAUUAGCUGCCCCCGAAGAGGCUAACAGUAAAAAAUAUUUAUUGCAAUUGGCGUCUUAUGUUUAAAUAACUGAAUAAUUGGUUGAAACAACUGAGACAUUGUUUUGCUUUCAUGCAUACAAGUAACUUUGCUGGGAUUGUGUCUUUGCUCAAUUGCACGAGUGACAUCUCAUUGAAACGUUUCAUUGUUCGCUCAGGGUGUUUGGCAUUGCUCAACUGAAACGUUUCAUUACUUGUUGGGUGUCGUUGCUAAGCUGCCAGCACGAUAAAUAAAAAAUGACAGAUUAGUUAAAACAACAGUCGAUUAGUUGUACCAAAUUUUAACCAAUCAAAAUCAGAAAAACAACUAAUAUUUUAGUUGUUUUGCGAUCGCUGGCUUUUCCGUGUAGGUCAUUUUUCCAAAACCCUGUGUUUGCAUUAAAAAUCAGAGUCCAUCUAACAUAAAAACAGUCCUGCAUGCUCGUUUUCGUUAAGGGGCGGGUAGGGUUUAACACUAUUGAAAAAUCAUUUAUUAUUUUCUUUGUACUUUCUCAUAGUAAAACAUUUCAAGAAUAUUCUGGAAAAUUUUCAAGCCUAUCGAAACAGAAGUCAGCAAGUUAUGGACCUUUAUCUUUGCUUAUCUUAUACUGCGAAGAUGUAAGAGCUCGGCACACAGGUCCAAGAUUUCCGCUUCGAUUGACUUAAAAACUUGACAAAACUUUCUUGAAAUGUUUCAUUAUAACAGAUUUUAAAAGAAAAAAAGGCGGGUGGGUAGUGUCAGAGACAUAACUGGAUGUCGUGAAUACAAAAAUAACUGACAUGUUCCUUAACACUUCCGAGUAUCAAUUAGUUGAUCAAUUGUAUGAAUUAUGCAAGCAUUCCCCUUUUCCACAUUUUUCGCAAAAAACAAAGAAGGCUUCACUUGAUCUGGAUUAAUGUGAAUUUCACACAGCGAAAAGUGCACAAAUCUAACCAAACUGUUCUAGAUUUGCACUAAAUUGAGGAUAUUUCCUUUCGAUUUGCGACCAACAAAUCCUAUUUUAGUUCUUUAGAAAACUUUUAGAGCCAUUAGAACGGCUGAUUACAAAAUGCUCUCCACCGUUGCUUUUUUACCAAUGCAAAUGACUGGCAGCUGUGACGUAAUCGCUCUUGUCGGAAGCGAAACUAGCUUUGCAAACGACACAAAAUACAUCUGCUCGCAGUGGCGAUAGAAUCCAAACUGAUCUAAUUUUUGUUGAGAGGCUUGUUUUUACCUGAUUUCGUUUGUAGCUUUUUCACUAAUUGGCGUUCCUAACGGCUAUAAAAAUAGCCGCAUACAGAAUUUUAAUGUCGAUUAUUUCAUUUAGGAUUUGCAUAAUUUAUUGAAAGAAACUAUUAAUAUGCUGUAGGGAUUCGUUUCUAGCAUUCAGAAGAACCAAAUUGAGGAACUCACUACGAUAUUCAACACUUUUCGGAACAUUUUUCUCGAACGGUUUGUUGUACAGCAGCAGAUAUUUUGUUCUCUUCCUCAGAACGCGGGGCAAUUCAAACGCGCCUUUCAAACGGAGCGCCUGCUGCGUGGUCAAACCCUGUGCUCCUGUCACUUCCAUAAAUUAAAUUCAUGUCAAAAAGCGUUUUAUUGAGUUUAAUCAAAAUAGUGCAUCAUCAUAAACACCAUCAUCAGCAUCAACCAGCUAGAAGAAAAACAAAGUCUUUUGUCGCUCUAAUCACUAUUUGGUGUAAAAUAUAUUUCUAAACUAAUUUUGCAUGGAGAAUUGCUAUUGCGUAGAGAAUGCUGUCAAAUUAACAAUAUAUUAUUAUUUUCAUGAAAUUUUCAUCUAGCAUUUAUUUCUCUUAAUCUACACGGAAAGACCGAAAUCAGCAUUUUGGCAAAAAAAUUAGUUGAUUUUCUGAUUUUAAUUAGUUAUUUUUUGAGACAACUAAAAAAAUCUUACUUUUGCUAAUUUAGAUUUUUUAAUUCUAAUUCCCUAAAUAAUAAUAAAAUAGUUGUUGAAAUGGCUAUUUUUUUAGUUGAAUUCACCAAUUAAAUGUGCUGUCAUUUCUUAGAUAAGGCAAACUUCAUAUCCAUUCAACUCUUUUUUUAGUUGAAUUAGAGAAAUAAAACGUUGUUGCUCUGUUACCGAGAAAAUAUUAACACCGUAAUGACUACUAGCCACUAGAUGGCACACUAUUACCGAAGAAAAUUUCAGUCGCGGUUGUCUUUUCUAUACUGGCAGGUAUAAAUAGGAUGUUGUAUUGGAGAAAAAGACAUAAACGAAACAUAAAUUUCUUUUUGAAAAUUUUUCUUCUAAAUCGAUUUUUUCUUCAUUCGACUUCGCGAGAUCGACUCUCUCACUGAAAACUUUAAGCACUCGGAAAACAUAAACCGAAUACAUAUACAAUUUGAGCGCAACAUUCGAGACUCACUUCACCGUUCCGCGUAAAAACAUUAUUACGCACAAUCGCUUCAAAUGCGCACAAAUUCUGAAUGAAUACACUUUCCACUAAGAGUUUACGUCAGUUUUACAAAUCGGUUUAUAAAUUUAUAUAUGGAUAUAUCGUAACACAUGUGAAAAACAUCUAAACAAUUUGCCAGCAGUUUCAAUAAGACUGUCCUUUUAAACUUUUUAAUAGAUUGUUUUGCUUUGACACUUUUCAUGAGUUUUUGACUAAUAAACUUGUUAAUAAAACCCAUUUCAUUUUUGUUUUCUUUGUGCUGUGUGCUGUGAUUUUAAUAACAAAAUUAGUUGUCAAUGAAAAUUUCGUGUUGGAUUGAAAUAUUGCUGGUUUGUGUCCAGGAUAUUCGCCAACUAAACACAUUCUCUAAAACUAAGAGUUUUUUUCAGCAAAGUAAAUUCUCAAUUUUAACUAAUUUUAUAGUCAUUUUCGAAAUUUUGUAGUUAAAAUCAACUAAUUCAAAAACAGUAAUACGAAUUAGGCGCAGAGCUAAUUUCGGUCGUUCCGUGUAGUAUUCAUUUUAUUGCGAAUGAAACAACGCACAGUGGUUCAAAAGCGCAAUUUCAGGCUCUUAAUUGAUAACUCAUAGAACCGUGGUUUUUGAGGUACAGUAUUUUCAGCAAAGUUGCUCAGAAUGAUAGACGCCAUAUUUUUGGCAAAUUUUGUUUAUGUGAUUAAUCCCCUUAAAAGUGAGAUAAAAAUAUUAUUUUUGCUCAGGACCAACAUAGGGGCUAAGUUACUUCGACAAAGUUGUUCAGAAAGUCAUUUCAAACAAAUUUGCUGAAGGUACUAUUUCUGUAACUUGAGUGUAAUUCAUGAUACAAUGUAUUUCAUGAAAAGGGUGUCUUAAACCCAGUUUUUGUACAAAAACACAUAUAUUUUUCAUUUAUAUGAGUUUUUCAUUUUCUACAAAGCUCUUUAUCAUUAAAAACUACACAACUUGUUCAAACAUGUUAUGCUGAUAUCAUUUCAGUUCAAUGAAAUAGAGCCACUUUUCAUGAUGUUUUUUUUUUACAAAAUUUCAUUUUGUCUAUCAUCAAAAGGCGCAGAAAUGCGCAGAUGAGACUACUUACACAUUAAACCACUUCAAAAGAGCUUUCAUUAUGUGGUUAAAUUACUCGUCUGCGAUCGUCUGCAGGUGAGAUAUGUUCUUUUCAAAUAUCCUUGUUCUGGACAUUUGCAAUGAUAAGGUUCAUUGCAUAUCAGAUCAGAUUUCAGUAUAUAUUCGUUACCAUGGUAACUCUCACAAUAAAUGAUUUUUAUAGACAUCGAAUUCUACAAAUAGAACAGUAUAGUAAUCAUUACAACCGUUUUUUGAAAGUAACUGUCAGACAUUUUUUGAAAGUGAGGUAAGAAGCCACGACUUUGAAAAAAGCAAUCAUCAUGUCGAAUUACGUUAUGUCAUUUUUUGGUAGGUUUUUCUAUUGAAAAGCUCUGCGGAUAAAUAUCCUCUAUUCAUCAAUUAAAGUGGAGAUCGAUAAACGCUUGCUAUAUUGUACUGUUCACAAUGAUUGAGAAGUUUCUUUCAAACAGAUUUCGAGAAUAUUAUACAUGCGAGCAAUUCAGAUCACUUACGAAUCGGGAUCCCGUGAAUUGGUUAUUAGUUUCAUCGGAUUCUUUGUUGACAAAUAUUCGUCAAUGACCAAAACAGUCCAAAAAGAAUCUGUCGGACGAUGCUAACAGUCUUUUAGCUGGUUGAGAACAUUGUCAGCUAUCAUAAAAUAAAUACAAAUAACUAGAAAAUGAGUUGUGAUAAUACUUUUGUCUACCAGAAGACGACAUAACUUAAUUCAAUUUGAUGAUUGAUUUUUUUCGAAAGUCGUGACAAAACAGCUACUAAACUAUUCCAUUUAUAGACUUCAAUGUGCAAAAAAAUCAUAUUUUGUGACAAGUACCAUGGUAAUGAAUAUAUACUGAAAUUUGAUCUGAAAUAAAAUUAACCUAGUCAUUGCAAAUGUCAAGGACAAGGAUAUUUGAAAAGAACAUAUCUCGCCUGCAGACGAUCGCAGACGAGUAAUUCAACCACGGUAUGAAAGCUCUUUUCAAGUAGUUUAAUAUGUAAGUAGUCUCAUCUGCACUUUUCUGCGCCUGUUGAUGAUAGACAAGUUAAAAUAUUGUAAAAUAAUCAUGAAAAAUGGCUCUAUUUCAUUGAACUAAAAUGAUAGCAGCAUAACAUGUUUGAACAAGUUGUGUAGUUUUUAAUGAUAAAAAGCUUUGUAGAACAUGAAAAACUCAUAUAAAUUGAAAAUUUAUAUGUUUUCUUACAAAAACUGGUUUCAGAACACCCUUUUCAUAAAAUACAUUAUAUCAUGAAUUACAAUCAAGUUACGGAAAUAGUACCUUCAGCAAAUUUGUUUGAAAUGACUUUUUAAACAACUUUGUCGAAGUAACUUAGCACCUAUGUUGACCCUGAGCAAAAAUAAUAUUUUUAUCUCACUUUUAGGGGGAUUAAAAACAAAAAUGAAAUUUGCCAAAAGAUGGCGUUUAUCAACAUGAGCAACUUUGCUGAAUACACUGUACCUCGAAAACCACGUUUUUAAUGAGUUAUCAAUUAGGAGCGUGAAAUUGGGCUUUUGAACCACUGGCGUGGCGUGGCGAUAAAAUCCAAACUGAUCCAAUUUUUGUUGAGAGAUUUGUUUUUACCUGAUUUCGUCUGUAGCUCUUUCACUAAUGGGCGGUCCUAACGGCUAUAAAAAAUAGCAGCAUAUAGAAUUUUAAUUUCAAUUAUUUCAUCUCGGAUUUGCAUUCCAUUGAAAAAAAACUAUCCGGAUGCUGCACGGGAUUCAUUCCUGCCUUUCAGAAGGACCAAAUUGUGGAACUCACUACGAUAUAAAACACUGCUCGGAACAUUUUCUCGAACGAUUUGUUGUACAGCAGCAGAUAUUUUGUUCUCUUCCUCAGAACGCGUUCUGAUUGGCUGGUGUUGACAUGGGUCAAAUGAGACAGGUUUUUCAAUAGUGUACUAUUGAAAUACUUCAAUGCUUUUUCUAUACUCGCUUAAAAUGAGAAAUUUCGAUUCUAUUGGUAGUUAGAUUAUAUAAAUCCUUUCACAGAUCAUUGAGCUAUGAGCUUUAAAAAUACGAGAAAGGCAAACGCGCCUUAUGAAUUAUCCUCUUUGAUACUCGUUCAUACCAAACAUUUCAGAAAAGUUUAAUUUUGAAUUAUUUGAGAUUAUGUCACACAACUGAAUAUUUUAUCAUAAAAUUGUGAUCAUAUUUCCGAUGGCAUGUAGCAAAAAAUAUGUUGAUUCGUUAGAUACAACAAGAGAUAUUCACGAUCAAAAACUUAUCACUCUCUCAGAGGGUAAAUUUUGAAAAGGCACCCCCUAGUAAAGUAAGUCGUAUUCACGACAAAAAAUCGUAGAAGUCACCGAUGUUGAAGCUGCCUUUGUGAUGCAUAAAAUUUUUAAUUCCAUUUCCGUUAUUUUGCAGAUUGAUGCUAUUCCUGCGAGUUCCCAUGUUUUUGGUACCGUUGAUGAUUUCGAAUAGGCAAUCUUCGAAUUUGAUUUUUUGUAAUAAUUUUUUUUUGGCGUGUACUACUGUAUACUAUAUAUCAUGGUUGAAAACAAAAUCAUCAUCAUAUAAUGUUGACUUAUAAACAAGUAUUACCGAGAAUAAUUUGCGAUCGACACAUUCAUUAUAGAUUCUGCUCUCGCUCUCUAGCACAGUUUUAUUAUAUAGUAUAAUGUAAAAUCGUAACAAACUGGCCUGAAUAGAAAUGUAGUCGUGUAAUUGAAAAUACAAAGGUAAAUCCCAAGGUAUUACCGAACAUAAUGCUUUAAUUUCAAAUAAUUUAUUUUGUUAAUAUACCCUUUUCAAAUGUUGCACUCAUGAACGAAUGUUCGAUUCCACGAAAUACGAAACGAAUGCAAGAUUUUUCAUACAAAGAUACAAAGUAGGGUGUUCAACGGACGUUCCAUUUUAUAAGUAAACAAAAGUUUCAGGCGCGAUUCAAAGUGGUUACGCGAAACUCAGCUAAUGUGUAAAGUUGCUCCCCGGUUGUUAUAGGCCCUUUGAUUCAGAAUGCCAGGUCAUUUUAUUUUUCAAUAAUCCGUGUUCGUCGCAAAACUCAGUCUUCGGACAAUUUGUGUUUAUAUCCCAUAGGAACUUUGUUGAACGGGAUUAUUUUCGUGAGCCAAAACAAGGGGGCUGGGUAAUGUCAGAGACAUAACUGAAGAACGUGAAUACGAAUAAAACUCACAUGCUUCUUUCUCACUUCCGAAUCAAAUUCAAUAAUCGUUCGGAUUAGUGAUAUCGGUACAUACAAACUUCCAUUUUCGAGGUCUUAUUUCACGAUUUACGUAAUUUUUUUUUGCGAGCCCACUCCAAAAUUAAGUGAACUCUAGAGCAAAAUUAUUCCAAACUUGAAUUAAAGCACUGAAUUCAAUUCCCAAAAUUUAGUCAAGAAACCAGUUUUCAAAUUCUAGUUCAAGAAUCUAGAAUUAGGUUUCAAACUCCGAAGUCUUUGUUUUAACUUUUUAACCUGAGUUCUGGAACUAAAUUCUGAAACUGAGUUCGUGAACUAAAAUUCGGAACUUCAAAUUAAGUUCAGAAUUCAGGGGGACUAAAGUCCAGGUACUUAAUUUCGUUCCAAAAAUCAGUUUUAGAGUUCAGUCCCAGAAUCCAGUCUAAAUGAGGCUUCACACAACGGAGAAGAUCACAAAAUUAGUCAAAUUUUUGAAUUCAAGUGCGAUCUGAAAAACUUGAAAUCAAAUUUCUUUGUAUCUUGAAUAUGAUCUAGAAAGAUUAUUUGUGAAUAAACUAGCAUAACUUCUUUCGUAUUUACAUAAUCUUUUGCAUCGAUUGUCGCAACAUUAUUUUCGUGACUGAUCAUGCCGCUAUCUUUUCCUCCCAAAAAAAACGAUAUGUCUGUUUUGUAAGCUGCAUACCAGCCUUAACUGGAUUCGUUCUCACAUCAACCAGCCACUAAACACGAGAAAAUCUCACGGAAAGACAGAGCCCGCUUUCCGACGGGGAAAACUCCACCAGUAGCUCUUAUGAUGGUAGUUUUCUCGAAAACUCUAGGAGAAUUGCGCAGUGAUUCAACAUGAGCUUACCGAAUAAUCAGUGUUACUGUUUAGAUUUCAUAUUUACAAAAAAAACCGCUAGGCCCUAACUACUUUGCCUACUCGGCCCAUGUAAAUAUUUAUGUUAUUCGCAUAAGACUGUUAUUAAUCGAAUGGAAAGGACAACGGGAAGGGAAUAAAUUGUGAGAAAACCCGAACUAGUCGGGUCGAUUUCAUCUUGCGAUAACUUGUAAAAAAUAAAAACAAAUAGUACAACUAUGAAUAACUCAUACGAAUCACUCCAGAUUAUCAAUGCCAGAAAUAGUGCGUUUGCCAAAGCAAGCAAACAAAAAGCGAACAAAAAGUGAUUGUGAUUUGUAUUUUAUGAAAACUGUAAUACUUAUAAAAUAGCUCUAGGGGAAUUCUUAUGAAUGUACACAAAUCAACAAUGUUAAUAAGUAACUAGUGUAAGACGCAUGUAUGAUUACUUUCAAUAAAUUCUAGAACCUAAA